AUGCGUCACUUGCUAAAAGCACGGUUGAGCCUCGUGGUGAGUUGGGUCCUGUGCUCUUUUGCUUCGCUGCAGACGCCGCAUUCACCGCUGACCACGGUGCCAGUGACGCGCGAGACGUAUUUGCCGCAGAUAGCGAGGCAGGGUGAAGUUCCAACGGGCUGCUCGCCUACACGACGACCGCAGGCUUGGCAGACAAGAGUGCCAAGCACGGAAGAAGCGGGAUGCAAGGUGGUGGAGAGGCAUUCAAGAAAAGAAGUACGGAUUAAGAAAGGAUUGGUAAAGAAGGGGAGGGUCAAGAGCUAG